AUGCCCUCGAAGAAACGUCAUGGGCCCUACGACAUUAUUGCCGACGACCUCUACGACUGUCACGUCCCCGUCUACAAUGAGCUCGCAUAUCAGCAUGGCAUUCACUUCCAAGCCAAGGUGAUAGUUUGAUCUUAUCAUAGAUUACGAUCGUAUACGGCCCAUAUAAUAAGUAUUGCUUUAGUAUAUCGGCAGCAUGGAGAUCCCCCGUCCAGGAACUCGGAUCGAGAUCGUGGCUGCGAUGCGAAGAGUUCGCUUCGAAUUCAAAGCUCGAGGAAUCAAGAAAAGACCGGUCGAGAUCACGGUCAGUGUGGAUGGAGUGCGUGUUGUCCUUCAACGGAAGAAGAAACAGCAGAAAGACUCCAGCUGGGACGAGAGUAAACUUCUCGUCAUGUUCCAUCCCAUCUACAGGUCAGUUGGUCUAAAAACAUAUUUCUUAACAAAAUUAAUGUCAUCAUUUUUACACAUUUGUUCGUAAUUGACGUAAUAAAAAAUAAAUCUUUUUUGCAGGAUCUUCUAUGUUUCCCACGACUCUCAGGACCUCCAGAUCUUCUCAUAUAUUGCCCGAGACGGUGCCUCCAACACAUUCAAGUGCAAUGUGUUCAAAUGCUCCAAAAAGGUAUGAUCUGAUUUGAUCUGGUUGUGGGUUCUGUUCUGAUCCGGUCCCUCUAAACCGAACCUUUAUCAAUGGGUUGUGAUAAGGGAUGGGAUAAGACUGGCCGCUUGUUGUCAUCACGGCGAAGGAGAGAUCGGGAGUCAGCUGCGUUUGUCGUCAAGACGGGUCCACAUGCUUGGCUUUUGAAAGCUAUACUUUUGUGUUGUUGGGGGCCAAGCAGCCUAGCCGAUCUCAUGGCCACCGACUUCUUUUUUGGCCGCAAAGGUGUCUCGAACAGCGGCAGAUCAGGGGCCAGAGAGUGAAUGAAAAUAAGAGUGAAGUCGAGGACGGGCAGGAGUAUGCCUUUCCCUCUCUCUCUGCUUGGCCAAACUCUUCUCCAUUCGGCCUCAAUCUCGCUCGUCCUGGAAGCGAUUGGCACGGCCGUUUUUACUGAGCGGACUCGAUCAAAACCCUUUUUCUUUUUACUUUAAUACAUCGUGGGAUCUGUUUUUGGCAAUCCUUGGAUUGAACGUGAUUCUUCCUCUUAGCUACGGUGUCCUCCGUCAGGUCCUUUUAUAUCCAGGCCGCUCGCGAUUAGCCUCGGUCUGGCGUCUUGUGGAUCUGCAGCGCUUCAUUUGUUCAUGAAGCGACGCCGCACAACAUUCAUUGAGUAAGGACGCCGUCGCGGUGCAGAUGCCGUCGACGGCGCCCACGAUCCCGCCUUCACCUCGCGGCGCCUCACCGAACUCGAUGAGUCCGACUCAAGGACACCAACAUGGUCAUCAACAGGGACAUCAACUUCCUUCUACGUCUGCACAAGGCCCGCCCUUGAUCUCGGUUGAACAAGCAUCCCAAUCUGCGCCAUCGGAAGAGCCGCAUUCAGCCCGACUCACUCCAACUCCAUCCCCUCAGGGCUCCAGAAGUCAUGUUACACCAACUCGUUCACCGAGGACGGGGCGAAGUCAUACGGCUUCGUUGCAGCCCGGAGGGUCCAAGACCGGUUCUAUGAACACUUUGGGCGAUGACCCUCAAACGUUGAUGUCGCCCCAACAACGAUUCUACUAUCUUAGACUUAUGGCCAAACCGGGCCGAAAGCCGGAACCCAUAAAAAUGAAAUUUGUUAGAUGGACUAAUGAAAAGGAAAAGAAAACUAGUGUUGAUGACGAAGGAUCCCUGGAAGUAAGUGAUAAACAGGGUGAAGAGGGUCGGAUCAGAUCGUUUGUUAAUUAAUUAUGACAAUUAAUUGCCAAUUUAGAGUCAAGCCAUGCGAGUUGUGCGGACAAUCGGGCAGGCUUUCGAGGUGUGCCAUAAGGUUGCGCAAGAGCAGAUGCAGGAAAAAACGACGGAAGAGGAUACCAGUUCGAUCCCUCAGAGAACGAAAGCCAAAGCAGGUUCGUCUCUUUGUUUUAUUUAUCAGAGAGGCGAGUGCGUCAGGGCGUCAAGCCUGAGUGCCACAUACAUCAUUUUUCCUGGCGCCUCAGAAUGCAUCCUGACUUUGAUUGAACACAUUUUGGUCUCCAUUUCGACGUAAUUAAUCCGAAUCGCACUUUCAGUCUCCGCUUCGGCCGCCAUCUCCGAAGAAGACGAUGAAGCCCUCGAGCAAGAUCAACGCGAGCAGCGUCAUCAACAGGAGGCGGCCGCGAUUGCGGCUGCAGCUGCAGCUACAAAUGUAGCCGGCACCUCGAUUGGGGGACGAUCCGGGACUUCAUCGCCGGCACAACCUCCUCCUGGUGGUGUUCCCAAAAGACAUUCCAUUGUAAGUAGAGUACAGAGUGCUGAUCAAUAUCUAUUGUAGUAUGUUCCACGCAAAGUGAGUUCGGAUCUGUCAGCGGUGAGUCAAGGAACGGCGAUCGAGAUGACCCAGCCUACCGCUAAUCCAAUUCCGCAACAACAGCCAACACCACAACAACCGGGCCCUUCGCAGCCACAGUCUCAGCCGUAAGUCGAUGCAAUCCACUACAAUCCUUUGUUCAGACAUCCGGGUUCACAAACGCUACCCCAUUCCCACACUUGGAAUCCCCAAAUGGGGGCCGCCUUCCCCUCGGUCCAAUCGUUGGACGCCCACACUGCCGCUGCAUAUCCGUUUAUUCCGUUGUCCCAGUUAGUCCCUUCUUCUUCGGUUCCUUAUGGCCUCAGUAGUCCAGUAAUGGUUAGUCCUUACGCAACCUUGCAACUCCCUUCCCAGUUGACCAAUCAGCCUCAAGUUAGUCCAGGCACUUCCUCCCUGGCCACGGAUACGGCUUUACAAUUGACAAGGACGUUGGAUCAGGUAUGUACUCUUGAAGAUCAUAUGUAUACCUUCAGUAUUUCCAGUAUAAUCAACAAUUGAUGCGAUCUCAGUUGGAUCAAGCUACACAGUCUGCCCAAGUGGCAAGUUGUCAGGUUCAGUUAUUACGGGAUACUCUAAAUUCAGAGACAACGGCUCGUUUAGAAGCACAAGUAAGUAUAUUUAUCGGAUAGAUAAGUAUUGCAUCUGCACGUUAUAUAUUGUCAUCACUUUAGUCACGAACACAUCAGCUCUUGAAUUCCAACAGGGAUCUACUGGAACAAGUUCAGAAUCUAGUGCAUCGAUUACAAGACUUAGAAGGAAAGAUCACUCGGCAAAUAGAGAGUUCCAUAGAGCCAGAGCAACUUCAUGGAGGCCAUCAGACCCAAGCAGGAAGUUCAAGGACCCUUCCUUCAGUCUCUGUGGUCCAACCAAGUAUUCCCAGUUCGGAAUACGCGACUUACACUCUACCCUCAUCAUCGGUAGCUCUUCAAUAUCCAUCAAGAAGGGAGCCCAAAGAACCCCAUCCUUCCACAUCACAACAACGACCAUAUCAAAUUCAGACUCUGGCUGAUCUGAGGGCGGGAUCUCUGCCACCAGAUCGAGAUAAUGACGGGAAUACGAGUGAUCAGAGAAGACGGCGAAAGGACGAUUCUGGAGCGAGAACGGAACCGGACACCGAAGACACGACCGAUUACAGUUCAUCGGAUCAGUAUGAACAAAGUAAUGUGAAUCGACCGAAAGAAGGGAUUCCUGAGUUCCAUUACAAUCUCCUUCUCUCCAACCCACAGAUCAUGAAUAAUAUGCCCAGCUUCUUUCACACAGAGCCUCUUCAACACAAUCGAAGCUCUUUGACAUCAGUUCAGCCGACGGCGAUGCCCCAGACAAGUUCCAAGUCGACUCCCAAGAUCCAUCAACCUGUCUAUCAUCAGCAUAGUCAUCCCAAAUUGGAGAUCCAAGGCAAGACCGAAGAGUUACCAAAAGAUCCGAAUCGAUUGACCAGUCCUAAGGUAAGUUCUUUUUUUUUCAAUUUCCAACGAAAGAGGUGUGGACCGAGUCGGACUUCUGAAUCUGGUGUGACUCCUGAGUUGAAUAUCUUUGAGUUGACGACUUACACAUGCUUGGCCCCUUAAAAGGAUCUUGGUUGUCCACCGUUCUCCCAUUACCUCUCUUCGUUUCCGUCUUUGGUUACAAGAUUUUAGUUGGGUUUUUGUUUGAUUUUAGAGGACGCUGAGGCGGUUCUCGCUUCAAUCCCAGCGUCUUCUGGAAGACGACUCGGGGACACCGCCCCGAACCAAAAAACCGACCGCAAGUGGAGUUUUUAAGGAAAAGGAAUUCACCCGGAUGUCGUUCAACAUCGCCCCUCCCAAGAAGCGCGACUCCAUCGUACCCGGAAGUGACAAUGACCCCUCACAUCUCGAAGGUAACGUGCCGGUUCGUGAGACAACAACUUUGUUUACAGUCCGAAGAAGAUCACGUGAUGAUGGCCAAGGAAGACGCAAGUCAUUGGCAGUGUCAGCGAAGUCAACCAAGGUCCUAAGUGAGUUCUCCCCAGCCCGGGAGCCUUCUUCCUCUAAGAACAGCACUGGAAGUCCGCAAUCAGCUCGGGCCGUGGCUUCUUCUUCCAUCGCCACUGCCAUGUAUCCACCGAUCAAAACAAAGCACGGGUUGGGAUCGCCGCUAAGCAAGGUGGGUUGAACGUGACCUUUGAUAGCGUUAUUUACGUCAUUUUGGCGUCAUCAGGCCAACUGCCAGCCGCCUUCCUUGAUUACGUCAUAAAACAAUGUUGUUUGCAGAAGAAGCAACUGGCGCCACUGUCUGUCGAGGUCAGUGAUCCCGAGGACUCGCAGAGCGGAUCCCCGCACAUGCGGACGGACAUGACACCCAUGAGGAAAAAAGUCACAGCAGACAUCGGGCCUCUGUUGCCGAACAAGACCAACUUGAUUAACAACAACAACUACGGGAAUGGCAGUCCGGGGUCCAAUGCAGUCGAUCCGGACUCGGUUAGAGGGUGAGUGAUCAGAAGAUUGCAUUAUAUAAAUUGUCCUUUACUGCAUUCUACUGAAUGAAAUGGUUUCAGAAGAACGAUGAUGGCCUUCCAACAAUUGGAUCCCAACCUUUCUUCGCGACAGAAGCGGGAUUCAGAAGGAAAUCUGCCCAACGGAGUCCUUUGA